AUGGAUCAACGUGGAACUGGUCGCAGUACAUUGCUGGAUUGCGUCGCAGCACAAGUUGAUUUCACCAAGUCUUUGGACCCAUUAGACGUCCCUGAUUCGUCGGAUCUGGCAACUUUCAUUUUCGAAUUCACUAAUGAAGCGAAUACUUUCGUGUAUGCUUACGGCUAUGGUACUAAAGUUGCGGAGAGUUUGAUGCAAGUUGGUCCCUCAAAAGUGACGGGAUAUGUUUUGGAUAGCAUUGCCGCAACCUUGGGAGCGCCUCGAGACAAAACAGCGUAUUAUUCGGAUAGGGACACCAAUCAUGGAGAAGUGGGUAAUGCUUUCCUUGCGUUGUGCGCGACGUCAAGCGACUGCAGCAAGUAUUUAUGGCGAAAAGCCUGCCUGACACUAUUCAAGAUUUAUUAA